AUGGUUUUAGGAAUGUUUGAUUUGACUUGGAGUGUAUAUGAUGGUCUACUAAACCUGGACUCGGCCUUACCAGAACCCAUCCAGAAAGAAUUCAUCUGCCCUGUCUGCCUGAAUACCUUUACAGACCCAGUGACUAUAUGCUGUGGGCACAGCUUCUGUAGAUCCUUUCUCUACCUUUUCUGGGAGGCAGCUGAAAUCCCUUACCAAUGUCCUGUAUGCUGUGAACCAUCCCAGCAGAGAGAGUACAAAACCAACAUUGUUCUUAAGAAUCUAGUGUACAUUGCCAGGAAAGCCAAUCUGAGGGAAUUCUUGCUCUCUGAGGAACAGAUGUGUGGGACCCACAAAGAGACAAAGAUGAUCUUCUGUAGAGAGGAAGAGAGCCUGCUCUGUUGGCUCUGUUCUGACUCCGCAGAGCACAAGGCUCACAGACACUAUUCUAUUGAAGAGGCUAUUGAAGAACAGCGGGAAAAGCUCUCUGACGAGAUGAGAUCUGUAUGGGAAAAGAUCCAAGGAAUCCAGGAGAGUCUCAAUAAAUAUGGCAGAAUGACUGUGCCUUCGAUGGGGUUGAGCAGCGGGAGAAAUGAUCCAGCCAUCGAUUCAGUGGAAGGUGGCAUGCCUCUUAGGAUUCUUAGAGUCUACUAUACCAAAAUGUACAUGGAGCUGGUGGCUAUGUGCCAAAAGCCAGAUGGGGAGCUCCUCCAGGAAUUAGGAGACACUUUGGCAAGGAUGAAGAGAAAUCAGCCAAACCUACCUCCAUGUGGGCAGCCACAACUCAGGGCACAACCCAUAAUGGGGCUGGCGGACAGGCUCAACAGCUUCCUAGUCAAUGUGACAUUCAGCAGGGUAAUAACCAAUCACGAUACGAGGCUAUUUGAAGACACGAGAAGUUUGAGGUAUGACCGUGACCAUCUGUAUGCAUCCUUGAUUCCUGGAACAUCUGACCACUUUGCAUCAUGGGGAGAACCCUGCUUUAGCAGUGGCAAACAUUACUGGGAAUUAGAGGUGAACGACUCUUGGGACUGGGCUGUGGGUGUCUGUGAGGGCUUCCGUGACAAUUCCUGGAUGAGGAACAUUGGCCCACUGGAAGAACUGAGUGGCACAUUCCUCCUGAUGUGUGUAAAGGAGGAUGAUGGCUACAGGCUCUGGGCCACCUGGCCUCUGUCUCCUGUGUUCACCGAGAAAUGUCAGGGCAAGGUUGGGGUGUUCCUUGAUUUUGACACUGGAAGUUUGAGUUUUGUGGAUGUGGCAAAGCAUUGGAUCAUUUGGAGGUACCACAAUGGCUGCUUGAAAUCUCCUGUCAGGCCUUUCAUGUGCUCUGGCCACAGAUGAGGGCUAAG